AUAAUAUUCGGGCGCGUCGAAAUAUUUUUGUUGGCUUGUAAACAAGGAUUUGGAAGAGUUUAAUUUCUGAAUUUAUCAGUAAUUUUGAGGAUAAAUUAAAGGAUAAAACACUAAAAUGCCAAAAAGACGUGGAGGAGAUGAAGAUUCACCAGCGAGUGAAAUGCAAACUGCAAGGGGACGUCUAAAGGGAAUACUUCAGGAGCUUGCGGGGCAUAGUGAGGAUGAAGAUGGACCAUCGCGUAAUAGUUCAUCAAGUGUUGGACCGAAGAAGAAAUUAACUAAGAAGGAAUCACCUCAGGUGCCUUCAGUUCAACAUUCGUACGUUAUGAAACUCUUCGAUAGGAGCGUUGACUUGGCAAAGUUUGACGACACCACGCCUCUUUAUCCCAUAUGCCGGGCAUGGAUUAGAUGUAAUAAUCCUCAGAAGAGAACUCGAGGGUAUUCUCAGAAGAAAGCUCGUCAAUACUAUGAGCAUAAAGUUGAUUUACUAUCGAUUAUCAAGGAAGACAAGCACAGGGAAGUUUUGGUGGAUCUUCUGCCACCACCUGAGAAGAAACCCAUCAGUCGCAUUCCUGAUUUGCUACCAUUUCAGGUGGAUCAGGAUAAGGACAAUGUUAAAAUUGAUUACGACACUGAUGCUCCACCGAUGACCAAGGAAGAGAUUCUUGAGGAUCUAAAGCCACGCUGGAAGGCAGUACGACAAAAUUGGCAAGAGCACAUGCACAAGGUGGAAAAUCGCUAUGCCAAAAGUCUUGGGAUUCUCAAUGAGCUCUUCCGCUCAUCCAUUACGGAUGAAUAAUGCAGAUUUUUUCAGCAAAAUUCUUUUAUAAUAAAAUAAAACCAAGGAAAUAUUCCUCUAAAAAAUGGUUCUAAGAAAAAUACAGCUCUAGAUUCUGACAAGAAAUCCCUUUUAUAUGAUUAUUAUGCCAACACCAUGGGUUCAGUUUACAGCAAAAAAGGAUUUAUGCCAAUUCACGGAAAGAGAACACCUCAGACACAAUUUAAAGAAAUCGAGCCCAUCGAAACACAACCGAAUAAGGACCAAAAAAACAUUUAUGGAUCAUUUUCAAAGGGAAAUUUCAACGAUGAAGCCGAUCAAUAUGGAUUUGAUAAUUUUUAUAAGAGAAACUUUGAAGAUUUUGGAAGUUAUAAUUAAAUUGAAUUACAAUUUUUGAUUAAAAAUAUAAUAUCACACGUCUUCUGAUUAAAGCAAGUGAAAAUAAUGAAUAUUUUUCUUAAGAA